AAAGAUGCCGCCGGUGAUGCGUUCAGCAUGUCGAGUAGUUCUUCGAUGGAUGGACAAGAGGCUGCUGAUAAAAAGAAGAAGGAUUUGCUGCCCAUCGCGCCCGUCAUACCGGUGCCGGAGUAUACCGAAGAUGAUUUGAAUAAGCUCACCAUGUACGUGCAGCGCAUGACAAUGCUGUUCGCUUUAGAUCAUCGCGAUUGGAAUGAGCAAACACUCAAUACUAUCAAACGUUGGUUCAUGGAAGUGAAUCAUCCGCUGAUGACGAUCUUCUACGAUCGCAACAUACUUAGCGUGUGUUUGGGCUUUCCGCUGGCGCCGGUCGCCGAUAUUUGUUACUAUGGACGCAAGCCAAAUCAGAUCUUUACUGUUGAAGGUUUUCACGAUGAAAUUUACUUUGGCACCAUUCAAGAGGAUGUCGACGGCUGCCUGCUGAAGAUUAUGCAAUAUGUCUAUCAACCUAUAUUUCGCAAUUACAAAGAUUGGAAUGACAAUAUCAAGAGUCGCUUCUGCCGAGCAAUGGAUAAAUUUCUCUGCUAUCUCACUAGCUUGCAUUACAAGAUGGCUGGUCUGACAGUUUUGUAUGUGCCAUAUGUGGUGAAGCAGAUCUCACGCCCAGAUGUGCAACACGAUCGCGAAUUUGUCAAAAAUCUCGAAUCGAUUGUAGUCUACUGGACAACGCAAAUACGAACGCUUUUGAACGAUAAGACGCUUGUGGUCCAACAUGAUUUCGUGGUGCCCACAGAAGAGUAUGAAUUCUGGCUGUAUAGAUUCGAAGUACUCCAAGGAUUAGACACACAACUGCAACACGAAGACGUACAGCAGAUCAUACAAGUAUUGCGCAACUCUCAUUCCGUCUAUAUUAAGCAAGUGGAUGAACUGAUCCAAGAGUGCCACAAUCAAAUGGAAGAAGCCAAAUCAAAUAUUAAAUAUCUAUUCUUACUCAUCGAGCCGUGCUCGUUGAUUGACAAAGCCGAAUCACCUGCUGCAGUAGCAGCACUCAUACCACGAAUUGUGAAUAUCAUACGUUACAUAUGGUUGAACUCCGAGUACUAUCAACGUCGCGAACUCAUCACCGGACUAUUUCGUAACCUCAGCAAUCAGAUUAUAAAAUUUUGCCUCGACCAAGUCAAUGUCUAUAAGGUGUUACAGGGCAACUCGCGUUUUGGCAUACGUAUGGCUAAUAUGUCAAUCGAUUGCUGUCUCUCAUACAAGGCCAUCUAUGACAUAAUGUCCAAAGAGCAUGCCACGCGUGAGCCUAAAAUCGGUUGGGAUUUGGAAAAUGCAAUGAUUUUCAAUCAUGUGGAUGCUUUCAUUGAGCGGCUCAAUGAUCUGAUUGACAUUUGUGAAUCGAUGAUUGUAUUUGGACGUCUAGAUGAAACCGAGGCAAUACCAAAGCCUACCUUUGGCGGUACUAAUGGCGAGGAAUUCGAGCGAACAGCAGAAGGCGUUGAGAAGCAAUUUAUGAUACUGGUGGAAGCAUUAGAACAUGACUCCAAAGAGCUAAUAUUAAACGUCAACAAAAACGAGUGGUAUGAAGAGGUUCUGAAAUAUCGCCGCACAGUCCUAAGUUUCGAAGAGACCAUUCAACGGCUGAUGUCGAAUGUUUUUCAACGCAUCUGCAAUAUCGAGGAGGGUCUCGAGGUGUUGAACGUAACACUCUUCUACUCUUAUCGCGCCAGCAUACGAAAAACGUACCUCCGUCAAGUGAGUGACGUCUGGUUAAUGUUUGACAAGGAAAUGUCAGAGACCACGAAAAUGUUAUUGGAACGUGUUAAGCUGCAUGAGUCUUGGAUGCCGUAUUAUGUUUCUCGCGCCGUUGGCUAUCGUAUAAAUCUUGAGCGUCUACAGUGGCUACGCGAUCGACUCAAUACCUCCGAUUGGUUGCCAAUUGUGCCGGAGGCGAAAAUUGUACUCGAAAAGUUUGAACAUCUCAAAAAGGACUACACAAAAGAAAUUAAAAAAGCUUUCGAUGAAUGGGUGAAAAAUUGUAGUAGCAACACUUUGGAGAGCCGCUUGGAGCGUACGUUGAUCGUGCGCAGUAAGGUGAAACGUGGCCUAAUCGAGUGCAAUAUGGAUCGUACACUGCUGAGCAUAUGCGAGCAAGCGCGUCAUUUCGAUAAUCUUGGGUUUCAAAUACCAGCGCUGAUUCGUAAGGUUUACGAUCGCUAUAGCACGUUACAGUUUGUGUACAAUAGUGUGCUAACGGUUUGUUUAGACUACAAUCGUAUACUUGCUGCUCUCUCGGAACAAGAGCGUAAUCUAUUUCGUGCUCUUAUCCAUGCUUGUGAUCGCAAAAUUGCGCCUGGCCUCUUCAAGCUCACUUGGAGUGGCGAAUUGAGCGACGCCUAUAUAGCAGAUUGUGCAAAGCACACCAAGAAAUUGCAGGACUCAUUGGAUAUUUACAAGCGCGCUAAUCGUCAGAUUGCCAAGACUUGUGAGAAAAUCUGCGAUACAGCAUUGCUUAAGAUAAUCUUAAGUGGAGCUGUGGAAUUGUCAGUGUUCGAGCUGGCACUGCAGGCCGCCACACGCAAAGCGACGAACGCUAUUUUGGCUUACUACGACACAAUCGUCGAUGUACUUUUUGCGGUGUUCACGGAAUUUCAACCGGUUUUAGAUGAGAUGGAAACUGAGUGGUACGAAUAUGUCACCCAAUUUGACAAUAUGUUGAGCGCUGCACUUAUGACCAGUGCGCGUAACUCCCUAAUGAAUAUUUACAAUCUGGUACGUUCGGAAGGUGACAUACUUCCUUCGCCUAUACUCAUUUUGGAGGCGGAUAUUGUAGACGGCAAGAUACAACUGAAACCUCCUAUGAAAGAAAUCAUUCAACUCUUUUUUGGCAUGUUUGAACGUGUUAGCACAAGUUUGGCGAUUUUCCCUAGACUAACAACUAAACUUAAACUACCAAAAGCGUAUCAGCAGCCAUUAUUUUCUGCAACUUUUGCCAAAGACGCUGAUGCUAAAGAAAUUCAAUCAUCACUGGAAUAUGAAGUGAAAUAUAAUGAGGAAGAGAUCGAAACGUUUCUCAAGGGCUGGAGUGUUUAUCGUCAUAUUUGGGAGAAAACGGAAGCAGAAUUUACGAAAAACAUACUGGCAACUGAUCAAAGAGCGCAGAUUUUCGAGCAGAGUAUAGAGAAUUAUAGCUUAUUGGCGGAUGAAAUUGGUCUAAAAGAUUCCAUUGUAAAUGUGUACUUCAUACUGGUGAAUCAGAACUUUCUUAAGAACACCAUUAUGGACUAUAUCGAAAAAUGGCAAAUGUUGAAUAUUAAGUUAUUGCUACGUCGUGCAACUACCAAAAUAAAUGGUGUCUACCGUUAUAUGCGCAAAAAUGGCGAACGCAUUCAAAUUGUACCACGUAAUCUAAAAGAGGCACGUGAAGCCACAGAACUUUAUGAAUUUCUAUUCAAUGAUGCACCGCGCAAGCAAGAGGAAUUUCCAGCCAUACUAAGCCUAUUCAAGUUGUUGGAUCAUUAUCUGGUUGAAAUACCGGAUGCGACUCGCAAGCUUGUCAACAAUUUAGAUGCUGAGUGGGAAGCGUAUUUGAAAAUCCUAUUGGACUCUAGCGAUAUGUUAGAUAUGACACGGGAAGAAUUCAAGAAAAAAUUGCUGCGGCAGGCUGAAAAAUUCAAGACCGUCAUGAAAGAGUUUCUAGCCGACUUUUUGGUCAAACUACCGACUUCGGCACAAACCAAACCCAAAAUUGCACUUAAAUAUAUGAGAAUUAUUGAGAAUAAAGUACACGAUUGUUUCAACUUUCAGAAGAGUCUUAUUGAUGAUUUAGAUACAUUUCAUAUCAAUCAACCGCAAAAUUUGGAUUUGAAAAAAUUGGAAAAUGAAUUACAAACUGUGAAAAGUAUUUGGGAGCUCAUACUCGAAUGGCAAACGGCAUGGGAUGAGUGGCGUAAAGCCAACUUUUGGGAAACAAAUAUUGAUGUGAUGGAGGAUACUGCUAUUAAUCUAUAUAAGGAAUUCAGUACCUUAAAUAAACGUUACAUGGAUCGGCAAUGGGAAAUGUUGCAGGUGGCUACCAAAAAUGUCGAUAGCUUUCGGCGUACACUACCUUUGAUAACGGCGCUAAAGAAUCCGUGCAUGCGAAAGCGUCACUGGGAUGCUGUACGAGAAACUGUUGGCGUGGAUUUCGACGAGGAUUCCAAAAAGUUUAAACUCGAACUUAUUAUCAACUUGGACUUUCAAGCUUACUCCGAAGAGAUCCAAGAUAUCUCAAACGCCGCCACAAUGGAACUUCAAAUCGAAAACGGCAUUAAGAAUAUUGCAAGUAUUUGGCACAAGCAAACUUUCGAAAUGGCCUUCUACAGAGAUGGCAUAUACCGCAUAAAGAAUGUGGACGAUUGCAUGCAGUUGCUCGAGGAACAUAUGGUUCAAAUAUCAGCAAUGAAGUCGACACGUUUUGUGGAGCCUUUCAUCGAGGUUGUCGACUACUGGGAGAAGACUCUCUCGUAUGUCGCCGAAACGCUGGAAACGGCUUUGAAUGUGCAACGCCAAUGGUUAUAUUUGGAGAAUAUUUUCGCUGGCGAAGAUAUACGCAAACAAUUGCCGAACGAGGCAAAACGCUUUGCCAGCCUAACUGAUGAAUUUCGUUUGAUUAGCGCCAAGAUGUACAAUGCUAAGUACGCUGUGCGUGCGACACAUCUGCGCCAGCCACCAUUUCUGCUGGAGCGCUUCAAUAAAAUGGACGAACGUCUCGAGGUUAUACAACGCGCGCUCGAAAUCUAUUUGGAGUCUAAACGCCAAUUGUUUCCACGUUUCUAUUUCAUCUCCAACGAUGAUUUAUUGGAGAUCUUGGGCAAUGCCAAACGCCCGGAUCUGGUGCAGCCACAUCUGAAGAAGCUUUUCGAUAAUUUAUACAGAUUAGAGUUGAAACGUGUUGGCAAAGGUAUGAGUCGGUUUCAGGCAAUGGGCAUGUACUCGGACGAUGGCGAAUAUGUGGAAUUUCUCAAUGUACUGUAUAUCGAAGGGCCCUCUGAGAAGUGGCUAAAUGUCGUAGAGGAUUUCAUGUUGAGCGUUAUGAAAGAGAAACUCAAGCAAACUCGUGCCUCGCUCAAGAAACUAAUUGGCAACCGCGAGCAGUGGAUGUCGUUAUGGCCAGGCCAAAUGCUGCUCACCACUUGUCAAAUUCAAUGGACGACCGAAUGCACGCGCAGUCUUAUCCAUUGCAAGAUGGUUGAUCAGAAGAAACCACUGCGCAAACUGAAGCGUAAACAGAAUAAGGUUUUGGCUAAACUUUCGGAACUGAGUCGCAAGGACCUGCCGAAAACCAUGCGCCUCAAGGUGAAUACCCUUAUCACCAUUGAAAUUCACGGACGUGAUGUCAUCGAACGCAUGUACAAGGUUAAUUGCAAAGACAUCAGCCAUUUCGAAUGGUUUUCGCAGCUGCGUUUCUAUUGGCAUCGCGAGUCUGAACUCUGCGUCAUACGUCAAACUAACACCGAGCAUUGGUAUGCUUACGAGUACACCGGCAACUCGGGUCGUCUUGUGAUCACGCCGCUCACAGAUCGUUGCUAUAUAACGCUAACAACGGCACUACAUUUACAUCGCGGUGGCAGUCCCAAAGGGCCAGCUGGCACUGGCAAAACUGAGACAGUUAAAGACUUGGGUAAAGCUUUGGGUAUCUGGGUCAUUGUCACGAAUUGCUCUGAGGGUUUGGACUACAAGAGCAUUGGCAAGAACUUUUCUGGCUUAGCGCAAACUGGCGCUUGGGGCUGCUUCGAUGAGUUCAAUCGCAUCAAUAUCGAAGUGUUGUCCGUCGUAGCGCAACAAAUUCUCUCCAUCAUGUCGGCACUUUCCGCCAAACUCACCGAGUUCAACUUCGAGGGCAGCGUAAUCAAACUAAAACACACCGUCGGACUCUUCAUCACAAUGAAUCCUGGCUAUGCUGGACGCACAGAACUGCCCGAUAACCUCAAAUCUAUGUUCCGGCCGAUCGCCAUGAUGGUGCCGGACAACGCAAUCAUAGCCGAGAACUUGCUCUUCUCCGAUGGCUUCACGAACACCCGCAGCUUGGCACGCAAGGUCUUUACGCUCUACGAACUGGCCAAGCAGCAGCUGUCUAAGCAGUAUCACUAUGAUUUCGGCCUACGCUCCAUGGUCGCAUUGCUGCGUUAUGCUGGGCGCAAGCGACGCCAACUACCAAACACCAACGAAGAAGAAAUCGUUUACUUGGCUAUGCGCGAUAUGAAUGUGGCGCGGCUGACAGCCAACGAUCUACCACUUUUCAAUGGCAUUAUGUCCGACAUCUUUCCAGGCGUUACAUUACCUAUUAUUGACUACAGCGAUUUCAAGAUCGCAAUUGAGGAUGAACUACGCAGCAAUGGUCUACAGCUCAUACCAAUCGCCAUUAAAAAGAUCAUAGAGCUGUAUGAGACGAAGAAUUCACGCCAUUCUACGAUGAUUAUCGGUAGUACGGGCACCGCUAAGUCGGUGACUUGGAAAUGUCUGCAAGGCGCCUUUGGGCGUAUGAACGCCAACAAACAUCUAGGCUGGGAGGCAGUCAUUGUGCAUCCAGUCAAUCCAAAGGCGCUCAAUUUAGCCGAGCUUUAUGGCGAAUACAAUUUGGCGACCGGCGAAUGGUUGGACGGUGUACUCAGUGCAAUUAUGCGUGUUAUAUGCGCCGAUGAAGAUCCCACGCAGAAGUGGCUGCUAUUCGAUGGGCCCGUCGAUGCGGUGUGGAUUGAGAACAUGAACUCUGUUAUGGAUGACAACAAAAUUCUGACAUUAGUGAAUAGCGAACGUAUAACUAUGCCAGCACAAGUAUCGCUGCUAUUCGAAGUAGCCGAUCUGGCGGUGGCCUCACCGGCAACGGUAUCACGCUGUGGCAUGGUGUACAAUGAUUACAAUGACUGGGGUUGGCGUCCGUACGUGAAUUCAUGGUUGGCUCGGCAAAAACUUCCAGAACAUGUGAAUUUUCUACGCGAAUAUUUUGACUACUAUCUGGAUAGGGUAUUGGAGUUCAAACGAGUUCAUUGCAAGGAAAUAGUUAAGACAAAUCAAUUGAAUGUGGUUAUGUCAAUGUGCAAAUUGUUGGAAGCUUUUUCCACAAAACAAAAUGGUAUUGUAUCUGGUAAUGCUGAACUGCUGGAGACAAUGAGUAAAUUGUGGUACCUAUUCUCGCUCAUUUGGUCUGUGUGCGCAACUGUAGAUGAAGAUAGUCGCCUCCGCAUAGAUUUCUUCAUAAGAGAAAUAGACAGUUCCUUCCCCAUCAAGGAUACCGUUUAUGAUUAUUAUGUCGAUCCAGAACAUAGAACGCUUAUGCCGUGGGAGAGCAAGCUUUCAGAUGCUUGGAAAUAUGAUGAAAAUCUUCCCUUCUAUAAAAUCAUUGUGCCCACUGUGGACACUGUGCGCUAUGAAUAUCUUGUCUCUAAACUGUUGCAAGAAGAACACCCAGUCAUGCUAGUGGGCAAUGUGGGCACAGGCAAGACAUCUACCGCAGUCAGUGUAAUGGACUCGUGUGAUAAAAAUAAGUAUACAGUGCUCUCCAUCAAUAUCUCGGCGCAGACCACAGCCGCCGGUUUGCAAGAAUCCAUUGAGAAUCGCACCGAAAAACGCACUAAAACCAUUUACGUCCCAAUCGGCGGCAAGCGUAUGAUUUGCUUCAUGGACGACUUCAAUAUGCCUGCCAAAGACACCUACGGAUCGCAGCCGCCAUUGGAACUUAUCCGACAGUGGAUAGAUUACAAAUAUUGGUUUAGUCGUCGGAAUCAACAGAAGAUCUAUGUACAGAAUACGCUGCUAAUGGUAGCCAUGGGUCCCCCGGGUGGCGGACGCCAGGAGAUAUCGCCACGCACACAAAGUCGUUUCGUCGUCAUCAAUAUGACAUUCCCCAACGAGGCGACAAUCAUGCGCAUUUUCGGCAGCAUGCUUCAGCAAAAGUUAAUACCCUUCGCCAAUGAUAUACGCGAGAUUGCUCUGAAAAUCACAACCAGCACAAUUGAUCUAUAUAAUGCUGUGGUUGCACGUAUGCUGCCCACGCCAGCCAAGUCGCAUUAUUUGUUCAACUUGCGCGACAUAUCGAAAAUAUUUCAGGGACUGCUGCGCGGUCAUCACGAAGCGCAGACGAAGCGCGCUAUGUUCUUACGUUUGUGGGUGCACGAAGUGUUUCGUGUAUUCAGCGAUCGUUUGGUCGACGAUUUGGAUCAGGGCUGGUUUAUGAAUGAGGUGAACAACAUACUAGGCAAGUAUAUGGAGGUCACAUUCCACGGUUUGUGCCCCAACAAAAUCGUACCCAUAUUUGGCGACUUUAUGAGCAAUCAAGGUCACUAUGAAGAUUUGGUUUUCGACGAUUUACGAAAGUAUAUCAAUCGCCAAAUGGAGGAAUACAAUAACUUCCCGGGCAUGGCGCGCAUGAAUCUGGUAUUCUUUAAGGAGGCUAUCGAGCAUGUGACGCGCGCCGUGCGUGUCAUCUCACAACCGCGCGGACACGUGUUGAACAUUGGUAUCGGCGGUUCGGGGCGGCAGUCACUCGUGCGUUUGGCAGCUUUUAUUUGCGAAUUUGGCACAUUUACAAUAGAGGUUACAAAGAAGUACAAAACGAAUGAAUUCAAAGAGGAUCUGAAAAAUCUCUACAAGAUCACCGGCAUCAAGCAACGUGGCACCGUGUUUCUUUUCAGCAACGAACAAAUUGCCGAAACUGCAUUCCUUGAAAUACUAAACAACAUGCUGAGCACCGGUGAAGCGAACCUUUUCAAGGCGGAGGAGUUCGAAGAUUUGAAAACGGAACUGGAACGUCCAGCAAAGAGGGCAGGCGUGCAGUUUACCACCGAAGCACUAUAUAAUUUCUUUAUGCAAAACGUGCGUGAGAAUAUGCACAUUGUACUAGCGAUGAGUCCCAUUGGCGAGGAGUUUCGCAGCUAUAUACGACAGUACCCAGCCUUAAUCAACAACACCUCGCCGAACUGGUUUCGUCUAUGGCCACAGGAAGCACUUUUGGAGGUAGCGCAAAAGUUUUUACUCGGCUUCCCGAUAAAUGUACCGGUUCCCGGCAAAGAGGAUGAGAAACAUAGAGACAGCUUGGUUAUCACCUCGGAAGAGAGGUUACAAAAAGCUGUGGCCUAUGUCUUUUCCGUGAUUCACUCGAGCGUAGCCGAAAUGUCUGUGCGAAUGUUGGCCGAAGUGAAGCGGCACAAUUACGUCACAUCGCCCAACUAUUUAGAGUUGGUUAGCGGAUUUAAGGCGUUACUCGAAAGUAAACGCUACGAGGUAUCUUCCAGCGCAAACAAGCUAAGAAAUGGACUCUCAAAAAUUCAAGAGACACAAGAGAAAGUCUCAGUAAUGUCGGAAGAACUCAAAGUCAGCUCGGAGCAAGUGAAAGUCUUAGCUAAGGAAUGCGAAGAAUUCAUUGCAAUCAUUGAGAUACAAAAGGCGGAGGCUACAGAACAGAAAGAAAAAGUUGACGCGGAGGCGAUAGUUAUACGCCAAGAGGAAGUUAUUUGUCUAGAAUUGGCCGCAACAGCGCAAGCCGACUUGGACGUUGUUCUACCAAUGAUAGAUGCGGCUAUCAAAGCCUUAGAUGCUUUAAGCAAAAAAGAUGUGGCUGAGGUGAAGUCUUACGGACGGCCGCCAAUGAAAAUUGAGAAGGUUAUGGAAGCCGUACUGAUUAUAUUGGGCAAGGAGCCCACAUGGGAGAAUGCGAAGAAGGUGCUCGGUGAUGUAAACUUUUUGAAUGAUUUGAAGAAUUUUGAUCGUGAUCAUGUCACUGAUAAAACGCUAAAACGCAUUAGCUUGUAUACGAAAAAUCCGGAACUCGAACCAGAAAAGGUCGCAAUAGUAUCGGUGGCUUGUAAAUCACUUAUGCAAUGGAUUAUGGCCAUUGAGAAUUAUGCCAAAGUGUAUCGCAUCGUGGCGCCCAAGCAGGAGAAGUUAGACAAUGCCACGCGCUCGCUGGCCGAGAAGCAAGCCAUGUUAGCGGCUGCUAUGAAAAAGUUAGCAGAACUUAAUGCUGCAAUUACCGAACUAUAUCGGCAAUUAAAUGAGAAGACAGAAAUGCUUAAUGAACUGCGAAUUAAAGAAGAAAAGUUGAGAAAACAACUCGAGCGCGCAAUUAUCCUGGUCGAAUCCUUGUCUGGUGAACGAGAACGUUGGAUUGAGACUGUGGCUGCCUUGGAUUUAUCGUUCGAAAAGUUGCCUGGCGAUUGCCUACUAGCCACCGCAUUCACAUCCUACCUUGGCCCCUUCGACACCAAGUACCGCGAGUCACUCAUCGAGCAAUGGAUCGCAUUGAUAGCAUCGAAUCAAAUUCCCUACACAGACGAAAUGAAAAUAACACUUUUCCUCAGCGAUGCCGUAACCAUACGCGAAUGGAAUAUUCAGGGUCUGCCUGCCGAUGACUUUAGCACCGAAAAUGGUGUAAUUGUUAUGCGCGGCCAACGUUGGCCACUCAUCAUCGAUCCGCAAUCACAAGCGAAUACUUGGAUUAAAAACUACGAGGCCAAUAACGAUUUGAAGGUAAUCGAUUUCUCUCAAAAUGAUUAUAUACGCUCGCUGGAGCGCGCGAUGUCCGCCGGUAAUCCAGUGCUACUACAAAAUGUUAGCGAGUACCUGGAUCAAGCCAUUAAUCCGAUUUUGCGCAAAAGCUUUACCAUACAAGGAGGCCAAAAGCUAAUCAAGUUCAAUGACAAAUACAUAACCUACAAUGAUGCCUUCAAACUCUACAUAACCACAAAAAUAACCAAUCCCCACUAUCCACCGGAAAUUUCAUCGAAAACGACCAUCGUUAAUUUCGCUGUCAAGCAAGACGGCUUGCAGGCACAACUCUUGGGCAUAAUUGUGCGCAAAGAGAAACCCGCUUUGGAGGAGCAAAAAGAUGAGUUGGUCUUGACGAUUGCGCGCAACAAACGCACGCUCAUCGAAUUGGACAACGACAUCUUGCGUUUGCUAAAUGAAAGUCGCGGCUCACUGCUGGAAGAUGAUGAACUUUUCGCUACGUUACAAAAGUCACGCCAGACUUCGGUUUUGGUGAAAGAAUCGUUGGCCACCGCCGAAGUGACCGAGAUCGAGAUCGAUGCUGCUCGCCAGGAAUAUCAACCGGCGGCCGAACGCGCAGCCAUACUCUUCUUCGUGCUAAUGGAUAUGUCGAAAAUCGAUCCGAUGUAUGAGUUUUCGCUUGCCGCCUAUAUUUUACUCUUCGUGCAAUCAAUCGAGCGUAGUCCGAAACAUCAAAUCUUAUUCGAGCGCAUACAAAAUAUAAACGAUUAUCACACAUAUUCUGUAUAUAAGAAUACCUGUCGAGGCCUAUUCGAAAUGCACAAGCUGCUCUUCUCCAUACACAUGACGGCGAAAAUUUUACAAUGCGCCGGAAAACUGGUGGAGGCGGAAUAUGAUUUUAUUCUAAAGGGUGGCAUUGUACUGGACAAACAGAAUCAGGCGCCCAAUCCAAGUCCAGUCUGGAUCAGCGAGCAAGCUUGGGAUAACAUAACUGAACUAGACAAACUUCCAGGCUUCCAUGGCAUUAUCGAUUCGUUUGAGCAGAGUUCAAAAGCGUGGCAGAUGUGGUACGCAACAACUUCGCCGGAGACCGAAGAUCUGGUUGGCGAGUGGAAUGACAAAUUAACGGAUUUCCAAAAGAUUUGCGUCGUACGUUGCUUACGUCCCGAUCGCAUCUCCUUCUGCCUCACGCAAUUUAUUAUCAAUACACUUGGGCCGCGUUUUGUUGAGCCACCCGUUUUGGAUUUGAAGGCCGUUUUCGACGAGUCUAUGCCUCAAACGCCGCUCAUCUUUGUGCUUUCGCCUGGCGUAGAUCCAACACAAUCGCUCCUGACGCUUGCCGAACAAUGCAAAAUGGCUUCACGCAUGUUCUCACUCAGUUUGGGUCAAGGUCAGGCGCCAGUCGCUACGAAAAUGAUCAUGGAUGGUGUACACGAUGGCAACUGGGUAUUUCUGGCCAACUGUCAUCUGUCCUUGAGUUGGAUGCCCACAUUGGACAAGAUUAUUGCUACCAUGCAGACGAUGCAGCUACACAAGCGCUUCCGACUAUGGUUGAGUUCGAGUCCACAUCCCGAAUUUCCGAUUUCCAUACUACAGACAAGCAUUAAAAUGACCACCGAACCACCGCGUGGCAUAAAGGCCAAUAUGCGUCGCCUGUACAAUAAUAUUGAUGAGCAAAACUUCGAGACGAUUGACGAAACGGGCAAGUACAAGAAGCUACUAUUCGCGCUUUGCUUCUUCCAUACGGUGCUGUUGGAGCGCAAGAAAUUUUUACAGCUCGGUUGGAAUGUUAUUUACAGUUUCAAUGACUCUGACUUUGAGGUCUCAGAUGUAUUGCUGUCUUUGUAUUUGAACGAAUAUGAGGAGACACCUUGGGGUGCAUUGAAAUAUCUCAUUGCCGGCAUCAAUUAUGGUGGGCACGUGACCGAUGAUUGGGAUCGUCGUCUACUAACGACGUACAUUAAUCAGUUUUACUGUGAUGCGGCUUUGACCACCCAAAAAUUCCGCCUCUCGUCGCUGCUGAAUUACUUCAUACCUGUGGAUGGCGAUCUGCAGUCUUACAUUGAUCAAAUCCAACAAUUUCCAAACUUUGACAAACCGGAAGCAUUUGGCCAACAUCCCAAUGCCGAUAUUGCUUCACUGAUCGGCGAAACUCGUUUGCUCUUCGAGACGCUCAUGUCAAUGCAGGUGCAAACCACCGCUGCGGUGGGUGAGAGUAUGGAGACUAAGGUCCUACGCUUGGCUAAGGACAUACACGCCAGCAUACCGGACGAAAUCAACUACGAGCAGACCGCCAAAUUAAUCGGCAUUAACCGUUCGCCACUCGAGGUAGUGCUGCUGCAGGAGAUUGAGCGCUAUAACUAUUUGUUGAGGAGAAUGAAAAUACACAUGCGAGAUUUACAGCGUGGCAUAAAGGGCCUAGUCGUGAUGAGCACCGAAUUAGAGGAUAUCUAUCAGUCAGUUUAUGAAGGUCGCGUGCCUGUGGUGUGGCUUCAAGCUUAUCCUUCCCUCAAACCACUCGCUUCGUGGUCGCGUGAUCUAAUUCUACGUAUAGAACAUUUCGCGCAAUGGGCCAAGACACUGAAACCGCCGCUGCUCUUUUGGUUGGCCGCAUACACUUUUCCCACUGGCUUUCUCACUGCCGUGCUGCAGACAUCGGCACGCGCCACCCGCACUCCCAUCGACGAAUUGUCAUGGGACUUUUAUGUCUUCAUCGAGGAGGAUGCGGCUGCGGCGCGCAUUGUGCGGGAAGGUGGCGGCGUCUAUGUGCGUAAUUUGUAUUUGGAGGGUGCCGGUUGGCUGCGCAAGAUGCAAUGCCUGCAAGAUCCACUGCCCAUGGAGCUGAUUUGUCCAAUGCCUGUUAUACACUUCAAGCCGGUAGAGAAUUUGAAGAAGAAGACUCGUGGUGUAUACCAGUGCCCUGCUUAUUAUUAUCCGCAACGUGCCGGUUCCUUUAUCAUCCCAGUGGACUUGAAGUCGGGGCUUGAGAAAUCGGACUAUUGGAUUAAGCGCGGCACUGCUUUGUUGCUCAGUUUGAGCGUCUAA